ACGCGAUAAGGAAACUAGAACGGGUUUUCCCUGUCGGGUGACGGCACAUACAUGCGCAGUAGAUCGUCAAGUUGCCCGGAUGUAAUUCGAGAGGUCUCAUAAUUUGGAGUUUGCCUGGACUGACAGAAGAUGUCCUUGGUUGUUCUCUCCCUCCUUGUGGCGCUAAGCAGCUCGGGAUACGCAGCUCCAGCUGCCCAGUGCGCAUGUGCGUCGGUGGACACCGUGAUUGAGCGGACAUACGGGUCCAAGGACAACACUUUUGGAACACUGAGGUCACCCAACUGUCUCCCUUAUCAAGGAGACCAGGCGGCCAUCAAUGACGGUCGCAUAUACGCACAUGUACUUUACCAGGGACAGGGGGCCUGGUUGCUGACAUCUGAUAUCUACAUUAAAAAUUGUCAGGAAUCGUUUGACUGUGUCUGCGCCACGGCUACGGUAGAUGUCUUGACUGGAUAUGGAACCGGAAGUACUACAAUGGCGACCUUGACAUCUGGUCAGUGUGUGACCUUGCAGGGGAAAACCUACAACUCCACAGGCGGGACGUGGGUACAAGUCAGCGUUAACAACAAGAUCGGAUGGAUCAUGAAAGGAAACGUGGUGUUCCAUAAAAACUGUGGAGGACAUGCCAAUCCGGGUUCUCCUGCAGUCCAGCUGCCCGGAUGUCCUCAAAUCAUAACACGCGCAGAAUGGGGGGCACGUGCACCCAGCACCCCACACGUGAAACUCUCCCAUACUCCGUACUACGCCUUCAUCCACCACGGGGCGACUGCAGGUUGUCACACACGAGAAGAAUGUGUCAGGAUGAUACAGAGCUAUCAGAACUACCACAUGGACGGACACGGUUGGUCUGACAUCGGCUACAACUUCGCCAUCGGCGAUGACGGCAACGUGUACGAGGGUCGUGGCUGGGACGCCGUUGGUGCACACACAGGGGGCUGCAAUAGUAAAUCUAUCGGAAUCGCCUUCAUCGGUAAUUUUAACAACCGGGAGCCCAGCGAGGCAGCACUUAACGCCUUGAAGAAGAUGCUAGAGUGCGGCGUGCGUAACGGUAAACUGAGGACGUCGUUCAGGCUGCUAGGUCGCCGAGAUGUGACUCUACGUUACUGGUCGGAAUCUCCCGGAGACAGCCUGUACGCCAUCAUACAGAAAUGGAAGCACUACAACAACACUGACGCUUGUUUAUAAUCUUAUCUUAAAACUUCAGCUUUGAUAUGGCUCGCUUUUUAUGUUAUUUUAUAAAUCAAUGGCACUG